AUGUCGGGAAUUCUCAACAUACUCGGUCGUGUUGCCAUCGUGACAGGCUCUUCAUCGGGCAAUGGACGGGAGAUUGCACUGAUGCUGGCCUCCGAAGGUGCCUACAUCGUUUGCAGUGACGUAGAUCCAGCCGUACGAGCAGGAGGAUAUGAGGAGAGUCAGGUGCCUACACACGAGCUAAUCCAACAACAAAAGGGGAAGGCUGUAUUUCAGAAGGCCGACGUGACUGACGCGACAGACAUUGAAGCCUUGAUAGAGGUGGCAGUGAAUGAGUUUGGGCGGCUAGACAUCAUGGUGAACAAUGCUGGCAUAUUCACCGGCCUGGCGACCAUCGUCGACGAGACUGUAACUAAUUUUGACAAGACCAUGGCUGUCAAUUGUCGUGGCGUAUAUCUUGGCAUGAAAUAUGCCGUCACCCAGAUGAUGAAACAAGAGCCGCUCCCUUCGGGCGAGAGAGGCUGGAUCGUCAACAUCGCAUCCAUUGGCGGUCAGGUCGGGCUUGCACUUGAGCCCGCGUACUGCGCAAGCAAGGGCGCCGUGGUCAACCUUACACGACAGGUAGCCGUGGAUUACGCGCCCCACAAGAUCCAUGUCAACGCUGUGUGUCCUGGCUUUCUCGCCACAGCCAUGGUGCGACCGUUCCUCGAUAACAAGGAGUCAAAUGCAGCACUUCAUCAAGGAAGCCCUUGGCCUCACCUGGGGACCCCGAGGGACGUCGCAAAGGCUGUCAUUGUGCUUGCGAGUGAUGCAGCUAGCUGGAUGACAGGUGGGAGCUUACAGGUUGAUGGUGGAUUUGUGGCGAGGUAG